AUGUCCUUCCCUACACGCAGUGACUCUCUGUCAUCCCUGUCAAGAAGUCCUCGCUCCUCGUCCCCGGCACAAAAUCGCCUCAACCAACGAUCCGUCGUACCCCACGCUGCCAAUAACCCAUCGCCCCUUUCCCACAUACCCGUACACGAACUACCACUGCCCGAUCCCACACUACAAGAAUCACCUGCGAUAGAAGAAGAGGCGCCAGACUACCUGAAUGGUGGGCUGCCUCACGAGCACCACACCCCUCAGAGCGAGUCCACACCAGGAGAUCCAGUCUCACCUCGCCGACAGAGUGUGCAAUUCGCCCGGGCGGACACUGUGCUGGAUCCCCCAGCGUAUCAUACCAGGUCAGGGUCAUGGGACGGUGCAGAUGCGGGAGCUCGUUCCCGUAGCGAGAGAUGGAUGUCCAGGUUGAAGUCGAGCUUGGGCAACGCAGGGAGCCUCCAACCAACAAAGCCAUCCGGGCUGUCUGAGCGUGCGGUCGCCUCCGCCGGAAAUUCGCCCGUCGUGAGCAGGACUAAUCGCCUCCCUGAUACUCUCAAUGAAGAGGAAGGGAGCGAUGCCGACGUGGAAGAGAGCGGCGACGAAAACCAACCAAGGGAAGCGCCCAAGACGAAAAAGAGGAAAAGGAUGAAGCGUCGCCUGAGACAGUUAGAUGUCUUUACAGCUCCAAACACUCCACGGCCAGGCGAGGAUACCGAUUCUCCAACCAGGUCGGGCCGCUUCCAGACCAUGGUCAGAAGAUCCACUAUGCCGGACACUGCGGAACAUCGUGGUGGCUUGUCAGAAGGGGAAGGCCGCGAUCAGCUGGCUGGCCGCCGCCGACCCGGUUGGAGGCGUGGCAACUCGUGGGUAGGGGCCCAAAGAGAAGACAGUGCAACUGGGGCAGAAGUCGACAGCCUCCAGCCUCCUCGCACGCCUGGUCAUCGGCGCCGCAUAUCCGACAUGUUCAGCGCAGGUGCAGUAUCAGAUGGCGAUGCACUAACCGCGCCAAAAAGGCCGUUCUUGGGCUCAGAACGAGCUGCGACGUUUAGCGCCCAGAGAUGGAGACAGGUGAAGCACACGCUAAAGAUGUUCGGCGGCAAGAGAAAGGCGGAUCAGUUUGAUUUUUACAAGUCUGCAGAGCUUAUGGCUGAGUUGCGAGCUGUGACACCAGCUGUGGUGAUCCUUGCCAGUAUGUUGCAACGAGACGAACACGGGAACAAGCGGAUACCAGUUCUCCUCGAGCAGCUCAACAUACGAGUGACCGAUAGCUACCCCGAAGAUAGCACCAGCGAGCGACACUCCAUGUUCACCAUUGCCCUGGAAUACGGCAGCGGGCUCAGUCGGAUGACAUGGACCGUCACCCGCAGCGUCCGAGAGAUCUGGAAUAUCCACUGGAAGUACAGACUUUCCCUCAAGAAGGACAUGCCGCUCCAGUCUACCAGCCUACGCAGGGGCCCAAAGCAACCUAAAUUCCCAAGAAAGGCGUUCCCGUAUUUGAGAAACUAUCAAAACCGCGAUGAGUCUGACGAAGACGAGAUACCCCCUGGUACGAGAGGCGACGAUACCAUUGCAGAAGCAACUGCUGAGGAGGGGACUGCUGUUGAACGCUCGGCCAGUGAUAACGACAGGCGGCCGAACCCCAAUCGAAAGAAAUCUCGCAUCACCACAUUCUUGCCUAGGCGGCAAUCCUCGGGGAUGGGUGAUUUAGGGGACGGGGCCUUGUCUGCUCAAAAUUCCGCUCUGCAGAGGAAGAGAUACAUCGAGACGCAACGAAAGACGUUGGAGAAGUACCUGCAGGAAAUGAUCCACUGGCUGAUGUUCCGCCCCGAUAGCAACCGGCUCUGCAAAUUCCUAGAACUUUCGGCUCUGGGAGUGCGGCUUGCUGCCGAGGGUAGUUUUCACGGCAAGGAAUGUUACUUACACAUUCAAGCCACCAAGGGCAUCGAUUUCCGACGUGUGCUUACGCCACAGAAAGUGAUAGCAACACACUCUCGCAAAUGGUUCCUGGUCAGGCAGAAUUACAUCGCCGUCGUCGAGUCUCCAGCUACCAUGAACAUCUACGAUGUCUACCUGGUGGACCCGCUCUUCCGAAUCGAGUCCAAGAAGAGCAAGCGGAAACGACUCGGCACAAAGUUCAAGGGAGACGCCGGCAAGGAUAAAGGAAAAGAAGUUGAUCACCUUGCCGACGAUGAGACUCCAGGUAAACAUCACUCGCUCAAGAUAUAUACUGCAGAACGAAAGAUCAAGCUGUUCUCGCGCAACCCGACCAUUCUGCAACAAUUCGACCAAUCGGUGACAAGCAUGCUGAAGCAGACCCAGUGGCAUGAACCUCACAGAUUUGACAGUUUUGCUCCGGUACGGCAGAAUGCAUUCGCUCAAUGGCUGGUGGAUGGACGAGACUACAUGUGGAAUGUCUCACGCGCUAUUAGUAUGGCCCAAGACGUCAUUUAUAUCCAUGAUUGGUGGUUGAGCCCGGAACUGUAUAUGCGCCGACCUGCCUGCAUCAGCCAGAAAUGGCGUCUCGACCGGCUGCUGCAGAGGAAGGCCAGAGAAGGGGUGAAGGUAUUCGUCAUCGUGUACCGCAACGUCGAGCAAGCGAUCCCGAUAGACUCGGAGUAUACCAAAUUCUCCCUUCUCAACCUACACGACAACAUCAUGGUGCUGAGGUCACCCAACCAGUUGAAGAAGAACCAAUUCUUCUACGCCCACCACGAGAAAGUAUGCAUCGUGGACCAUGACGUGGCUUUCCUAGGAGGAGUCGACCUCUGCUUUGGUCGCUGGGACAACCCGCAGCACCCGAUCACGGACGAUCGACCAACUGGUAUGGAACCAGACCGCGAUAGCCCUAGAGAUGCCGAGCACUGUCAACUCUUCCCUGGCAAGGACUAUUCGAACCCUCGUGUACUCGACUUCUUCAAGCUCAACGAGCCGUAUGAGGAGAUGUACGAUAGGAGUAAGACCCCCAGGAUGCCUUGGCACGACAUCGCCAUGCAGGUUGUUGGCCAACCUGCAAGGGACCUUACUCGUCAUUUUGUACAGCGGUGGAAUUAUCUACGCCGCGAGCGCAAGCCAACCCGACCGACACCGUUCCUGCUGCCUCCCCCUGAUGCCAAUCCGGCGGAUAUCAAAGGUCUGGGUUUAUCUGGAACAUGCGAAGUGCAGAUGCUACGCUCGGCCGGUGACUGGUCCUUGGGAUUUCCCAAGGAUGUCAGAGAGCAUAGCAUUCAAACGGCUUAUAUCAAGAUCAUCGAGGAGUCGGAGCAUUUUGUCUACAUGGAGAACCAGUUCUUCAUCACGAGCACGGAGACUAUGAACACAAAGGUCGUGAAUCGUAUCGGAGACGCGCUCGUCGAGCGUAUCCUCCGAGCCCACGAGCAUGACGAGGAGUGGCGGUGUUGCAUCCUGAUUCCCCUGAUGCCCGGCUUUCAAAACACCGUGGAUCAGGCCGAGGGAAGCAGCGUGCGCCUGAUCAUGCAAUUCCAGUACCGAAGUAUAUGCAGGGGCCCGAACUCGAUUUUUGGUAGGCUAGAGGCGGCGGGUAUCGAUCCCGAAGCCUACAUCUCAUUCUUCAGCCUUAGAAACUGGGGACGCAUUGGUACAAACAACCAAAUCGUGACGGAGCAGCUCUACAUCCACGCCAAGACCAUCAUCGCGGACGACCGAGUUGCCCUGAUCGGUUCGGCGAACAUCAAUGAGCGCUCUAUGUUGGGCAACCGAGACUCGGAGACGGCCUGCAUCGUUCGUGAUACUGACAUGAUGUGGUCUACGAUGGCUGGCGAACCCUACCGGGUUGGCCGGUUCGCGCAUACCCUUCGGAUGAGACUCAUGAGAGAACAUCUGGGCUUGGAUGUCGAUGAGCUCACUGAACAGGAAAGACAAGCUGACGCGCAAUAUGAAGCCGAUAUGAGUCACAUCUACGAUGAAGAGGACGAAGGCCCUGUUGCAGAAAGUUCGUCGCAAGCAGGACCAAGUACAUAUCUUGGGCGACCAAAGGUUCGCGGCGUAAGAAGUUUCAACCACGACACGACUGCUGAAGAAGACCAUGGCUUCACUUCGUCCUCAUCCUCCUCUCAUUCGCCUACUUCCUCCAAACGCAAAUCUCCAGAACUCGACCCUGGAAUUGUCGGCAAUAGCGUACACGAUAAGGACGUGGAGGGCUUUGGUCUGGAUAACUGGAAACAAGCGCAAGCAGAGGGCAUCGAUCUCGGGAGCGAUACGGCCGUCAUCAACGGCCAUGAGGUGCUUUUAAAUCGGAAUUCUAAAAUCGCAAAGCAUCAUCCCAGCAAGUCCAAUGGGUCGUUGCCAGGAGUGUCUUCGAAGACGUCACUGGAUCGAGAUACUGGCAAAGGCAACGACAAACUUCCUCCAGCACACCACUCUGGCACAGCCGAGAUGCCCCGCGCCGCGCAGCUACCGACCCUGCCAGUGCUUGAUGACACGGAUAUUGGAGGACCCCCAGUACGCUUUGACGCGUCUGGGCGACCCACGAAUGAGCCUACGAACCCUUUGCUCGCAGACAUCCUGCCUGCAAGUAUUGACAAAGACUGCAUGCUUGACCCAGUCAAUCCGGCUUUCUGGGACGACAUAUGGACACGAGUGGCAUCGAACAACACGAAGCUAUACCGUCGUGUCUUCCGAUGCAUGCCCGAUAGCGAGGUUAUUACCUGGAAAGACUACCAGGACUUCGAGGCGUAUGCCACAAAGUUCUCCAAGAGUAUGGCGGGCUCCAAGAACGAGGAUACGGUGGCAGAAUCACACAUGAAUCACAUCGGCGGCGCAGCAAUGGGCGUCGCUGUACCAGCUGUUACGCCAGGGGCGCCCGUUGUGUCUGAGAAGAUUCAAGCUGGGCAAAGCGAGAGCACCCCGAAAGUUGUCGUGUCGAACGACGAUGCCGAAGGCUUGAAUAAGAAGACCCCGGUUCCCGAGUCUAACGCACGCAAAGAGACAGAAAAGGCUGAUCUCAGCUUGGAAACAGAAAAGGUCACUACUAAUCACUCUGUCGAGGAGCCUUCGCCAGUUCAGCCGACCGGAGACACACCAUUCCCAGCAUUUGACAGUCAAGUAGCCAGCACCCACCUAGAUCCCGACAGCGAGAAGAACCAGGAUCGGAGGGCAACCUUUUCGAAUAGUGAAAAGUCAGCACCGGGAUCGAAUAGUACAAGCAACCCAUACAACCACAACUCGACUAAACGUCGCCGACGUGCAACUACUAAAGGCAGUCGACGCGGCGGGCCUGUCGUCUCGGACGAGGUGCUGAGCCGCGAUCAGGCGGAGGAGGUCUGCGGCGCGAUUCAAGGCCACCUCGUCCAGUUCCCUUACGACUGGCUAGAGGCCGAGGAAAAGGACAACCAUUGGCUCUAUCAGGCCGACAUGUUGGCGCCGAAGGAAAUUUAG